CCAAGCCGAGAAGAGUCCCCCCACUCUAUCUCUCCAAAUUCCAAGCUGAGAAGAGCUCUCUCUCUCUCUCUCUCUCUCAAAAGGUUUGUUUUGGACUCCUUUUCAUGCUUUUUUGCGCCCUGAAAGAAUUCAAGGCUGUCCAACAUUUCAUAGAAAAUGAGGGAGAUUCAGUUGGGUGCGCAUACUGUAAAAUCCCAUGGAAUCAAAGUCGCAAGGACACAUAUGCAUGACUGGAUUAUACUCUUACUUCUUAUCAUUAUAGAUGUCAUUUUGAAUGUCAUCCGCCCAUUCUAUCGCUACGUUGGGAAGGACAUGAUCUCCGACUUCAUGUAUCCCCUAAAAGAUAACACAGUCCCAUUUUGGGCUGUUCCGAUGAUUGCAAUUUUGUUGCCCUUUGCUAUUGUCAUAGCCAUCUACUUUCGUAGGAGAGAUGUCUAUGAUCUGCACCACGCCAUACUAGGCCUCUUAUUUUCUGUACUGAUAACGGGGGUCAUAACGGAUGCAAUCAAGGAUGCUGUUGGUAGGCCUCGACCAGACUUUUUUUGGCGUUGUUUUCCUGAUGGAAAUGCUCUGUAUGAUAAUAUCACAAGCAAUGUCAUUUGCCACGGAGAUGAAAAGGUUAUCAAGGAAGGACAUAAGAGUUUUCCAAGUGGUCAUACUUCAUGGUCCUUUGCAGGUCUUGGUUUUCUUGCAUUAUACUUAUCUGGGAAAAUAAAAGCAUUUGAUCGUAAGGGACACGUGGGGAAACUUUGCAUCAUAUUUCUUCCUCUGCUAGUUGCAGCUCUCGUUGGAAUUUCUCGAGUGGACGACUAUUGGCACCAUUGGCAGGAUGUGUUUGCCGGAGGUCUUAUAGGCAUCUCAGUGGCUACAUUUUGCUAUCUGCAGUUCUUCCCACCACCCUAUCGUACUGAAUGUUGGGGACCUUAUGCAUAUUUCCAAACGCUGGAGGAGUCGCGGGCAAGUGCACAACCGACCAACAACAUCAAUGCAUUCAAUGUACAGCCUAUGGAGGUGGAAUCUGCAUACCAGCGAGCCGAACAAAGUAGAUAUAUGGGAUCAUCCAGAGCACAGAAUGCCAGUAUACUAGAGGACGAAAUGGAAGCCGGGAGGAAGUAAGAUGAAAUGCCCUGUAGCAACAUCUAGCCGGUGAGUCCUAGUAGUAUAACUCUCCAUGUGUAUAUGCGCAGUUUAAUGACCUUAUUAUGCAUCUUGAUUAGAUUUGAACGAUGUGUAUAACCAAACAAGCACCCCUGAGUGUUUGGAUUGAAUGGGAGAGAGUUUGAGAAAAUAUAGUUUGGAUUUCCACA